UUCCCCUGCACCUGCCUAUUCCAUUGGUUUCUCGCAGCGAUUGAUUUGUUAUUCUCAGCGAUUAUCACUCUUCUAUGCGUUUCAGUCAAUGGGGAAUUAUUUCUCUUCCACAUCUGCGCAGGGUGAGAGUAGGCAAGAAAGCGGUUCUGAUGAAGUUAUACCAGAAUCUCAAUCAUCCUCAAAACAAACCACAACGGAGCCCUACCAUGUCUUUAUUAAUCAUCGUGGGUGUGAUGUUAAACACACAUUAGCCAGCAGCAUCUAUUAUACACUUACGAGUCAUGGGUUUAGGGCUUUUCUAGAUGCAGAAGAGUUGCCCUUGGGCGAACCCAUAACAUACGAAAUAGAGGAGGCAAUACGCAGUGCAGCACUUCAUAUUGCUAUUUUCUCUGAGAAGUAUGCGGAAUCUCGCUGGUGUCUAGAUGAGCUAUACCUUAUGGUCAAAACUGGCACAACAAUUAUUCCUGUGUUUUAUCAUGUUCAGCCCAGCGAUCUCCGAUGGGUGGCCCAAGGAAAAGGAAUCUAUGCUCCUGCGUUUUCCAAACACCAAAAGAGGUACUCACAAGAGAAACUGGAGGAGUGGAAAGGGGCACUCAAGGAAGUCUCAAAUCUCAUGGGAUAUCCGCUCAACUCUCCUAAUGCCCAUGAAGGGAAGCUGUUGAAAGAAAUAGUGGAUUAUUGUAAAGAAAAAAUGGGAAAAGUGCGGGAGAAAGAACCGAAUCCCGAAAGAGAUCAGGUGUUCCACUCGAAGCUUGUAUCUACGGAGCUGAAUGAAGGACCUUUUUCUAUGGGAAUGUUUGGAGGAGGAGGAGGUGGUUCUUGGGAUGAUGGAAUACAUAGUGGAAUUCGUGAGAUUGUUGUGACAUUUGGGAGUGUUGUGGAUUCUAUCACAGUUCGGUAUGAUCAAAAGGGUUUGCCCCAGUGGUCUGAAUGUCGUGGAGGCACUGGUGCCCCAAGUACAAAUACAGAGACGGUUAAGUUGGAUUUUCCAAAUGAAGUAUUGAUGUCAAUUAGUGGUCAAUAUGGUCAAAAGUGGAAUCAUGAUGGAAUAAAAGCAGUGAAAUGUCUUACUUUCCAUACCAAUCUAAGAAAAUAUGGUCCAUUUGGUAAUCAUAAUCGACUUAUUGAAGGGGAAACUGAAGAGAGAAUUGAUUUCGUCACACCAUCUUAUGGAUGCAAGAUUCUUGGAUUUUACGGAAGACAUGGGACAUAUUUGGAUGCUAUAGGAGUCCAUUGGAAGCCUAUAUCUACGGAGCUGAAUGAAGGACCUUUUUCUAUGGGGUUGUUUGGAGGAGGAGGUGGUGGUUGUUGGGAUGAUGGAUUAAUAUACAGUGGGAUUCAUCAGAUUGUUUUGACAGUUGGGACUUGUGUGGACUCUAUCACAAUUCAGUAUGAUCUAGAUGGUCUGCCCCUCUGGUCUAAACGCCAUGGAGGCACUGAUUCCCACAAAACAGAGAAGGUAAAGUUUGAUUUUCCAAAUGAGGUAUUGAUGUCAAUUAGUGGUCAAUAUGGUCGAAAGUGGAACGUUGAUAUGAAAGUAGUGAAAUGUAUUACUUUUCAUACCAAUCUUAAAAAAUAUGGUCCAUUUGGUAACCAUAAUCUACUUAAUGAGGGCAAAAUUGAAGAGAGAAUUGAUUUCAUGACACCAUCCUAUGGAUGCAAGAUUCUCGCAUUUUAUGGGAAAAGUGGAUCUUAUUUGGAUGCUAUAGGAGUCCACUUGAAAUGGACAACCCAUUAAAAGAAUAUAUGUCUAGCAUAUUUUAU